GCCGGUUUAAUGAACAGCUGAUUUGACAGCCCCGCGUUAAAUAUUUACAAUUUCUGCUGUUUCGAGAGGAUUUCUGCAGCAUGACAGGACGGAGAUAUGCAUGUUAAAGUCACGGGGUGAAUGAUGGCGUCAGGAUGGCAGCAGGCCGGAUCAGUUAGAGCUGCUUUACUCUUUAACAUCAUCACCUUCAUCUUUAUCAUCAUCAUCAUCAACACCGGCGCACACUCGCACACCUGUAACCAUAAAGUGCCCCAGCACACUGAGGUGAUACAUAAAGUGUUACUGAGGCCAGACAGAUUGAACAAAAGAAGCACUGAACAACAGUUAAAGAUCCAGAUAGAGUACGACUCCAGCUUGGAUGGGUUAAAUGAAGACAAAAGCAGUCUUGUGAAGGACAAGCUCCUCCCCCAGGCUAUUGAUUAUCUCCAGAAGGCCUUCAGGGUUCGUAAGCAGUCAGGUCCAGUAUUACUGAGCAGACAAUGUGCAACAAAUCAGUACCUUAGAAAAAGAGAUGACCCCCAUCGCUACUGUCAGGGACCAUGUGCAGACAUCACCAAGUGUGGGCCAGUUAUUGUACCUGAACAACAUUUACAGCAAUGCAGGGUAUGCAGUGAGUCAGGGAAGUCCUGUGGCCCUACCGGCCCACCUGACGGUGAGGGGGUGGAAAGGGCAGAUUUUGUGCUGUAUGUGAGUGCAAUGACCACGGAGCGUUGUGGACAAGAGAACAUUGUGGCCUAUGCAGCGUACUGCCAGCUGGAGUCUGAACUAGACAGACCUAUUGCUGGAUAUGCCAAUCUAUGUCCCAAUAUGAUCACCACUCAAGCUCAGGAGUUUGAAGGGAUGCUGUCCACAGUCAAACACGAGAUCAUACAUGCUCUGGGUUUUUCUGCAGGGCUCUUUGCCUUUUACCAUGAUGAUGAUGGCAAACCUUUGACACCACGUUCUGCAAGCGGUCUACCUGCUUACAAUGAAAGUUUAGGGUUAUAUCAGUGGAGUGAUAAAGUCAUUAAAAGAGCAACUCGACUGUGGGACAUCCGUGGCGGCCACAUGGUGCGACACAAUGUCCAUCUUCUGGUCACUCCACGUGUUGUGGAGGAAGCCAGGAGACAUUUCAAUUGCCCCAUUCUAGAGGGUAUGGAACUGGAGAACCAGGGAGGUGCUGGUACAGAAUUUAACCACUGGGAAAAGCGUCUGUUUGAGAAUGAGGCAAUGACUGGAUCGCAUACACAGAACAGAGUAUUUUCCAGAAUUACUUUGGCUAUAAUGGAGGAUACAGGGUGGUACAGAGCCAAUUACAGUAUGGCAGAGAAUCUGGAGUGGGGAAGAGGUUUGGGCUGCGACUUUGUGAUGAAAAGCUGUAAAUUCUGGAUAGACCAACAUCGGCAUGCGAGGUCAACACUGAGCCCGUACUGUGAUUCUGUGAGGAGCGCACCUCUGCAGCUCACCUGCAGGCAGGAUCAGCUGGCAGUGGCCGUGUGCAACCUGCAGAAAUUUCCUCAUGCACUUCCUCAGGAGUACCAGUACUUUGACCGUAUCCCUGGUGUACCUGAGGAAGAUUUAUCAGCAUAUGGAGGGGCCGUGGAGAUCGCAGACUACUGUCCAUUUAGUCAGGAGUUUAGCUGGCAUGUGGGUGGCCAGUACCAGCGCAGCUCUUACUGCAGGGUACAGGAAAACCAGCCAGCAACGUGGAGGAACUAUGGGGCGGAAGAGUACGGCCCAGGGUCAGUGUGUCUGUACCAGAAGUCGGCGUUUGUAAUGGAACAGUGCACAAAGCGCAUGACCUAUCCUGACUGGGGCAGUGGUUGCUAUAAGGUGUCUUGUACAGCCCAGACUUUGUUGGUGUGGGUGCAGAACAAGUCUUAUCCAUGUGUUCGUGCUGGUCAGGUGAUCAGCGUGAGUGUACGGAUGAAUGGGUGGGUCUAUAGCGGGCAGCUCAUCUGCCCCGCUUGCUCUGACUUCUGCAGCGACUGCCUCCUCCCUCAUGAGAUCCCCUCUCUGAACACCACCAAGAGUAGUCGCUUAGAUCCUUGUUCUGGCUCUUGCUGCUUGGUGGGGAACUUUUGGUGCCUCCUGUUAACUCUUACGCCAGUGCUGGCGGGCUUCCUCCUCUGUGUCAGGGACUGAAUUUUUGGUCCUGAUUGAGACAGAUGGAUUAAGGCACCUUGCUGCCAUGGGCUUCCCUUGAGGUUUAGUUGCUGUGGACAGCAAACGACGAACACAUCCUUUGUGUAGUUUGCAAUCUUAUAACUCUUGUGGAGGUGUGCACUGUAGAAGUGAUUGAAAAGCCAUUAAUUGCACUUCUGUGCCCGAUUGUCAGCAAGCUCUAAUGAGAAGCCAUAAUCAUGCAAGCUGGUGCUAGUUUACAUUCUCUCUGUCUCUUUGAUGGCCCUGUAGCAUUUUUGGUCCUAAAAUAAGCAUCUGGUUGAGAAUGAUCUGAGAUUUUGGUGCUCCUCUGAUGUUCUGUGAAAUUACUUGAUGGCAAUCGUUUUCAUCAAGCAGGACAUGUGACUGAUACUUGUGAAUGGAAGAUACUUGUGAAUGUGCAUUGAGUCCUGGUGAGAUUUCUGUUAUGGUGCAAGCACUGAAUUCAAAGAUGUUUGAGUUAAUUUAUAGAACUUUGAAUGUUGCUAUUGUGUCUAAGUAAUUUAGAAUAGGUUUAAAAGUGAUUAAUUAUUUUUGGUGAAUCCAAAGUGGCAUCCAAAUGUCUGAGAUCACAUUGAAAAGUUUUGGGAUUUUGAAAAAUGGGUAAAACAGAAAGAUAUAUCUAUAAGGUUUGAUUUGUUACAUAAGCCAACAACAUUAGUUAACAUGAACUAACAAUGCACAAUACUUUUUAACAUUUGUUAAUCUUAGUUAAUGUUAAUUUCAAUAGUCAAUGUUUUUUUUUUUUAAAUAACAUUUUUUAUAUGUUAACUUUAGUUAAUGCACUAUGAACUAACAAUGAAAAUUUUAUUUUUAUUAACUUACAUCAAAAAAAGAUUAAAUGUAGUAAAUGAUGGUAACAAUAUAUUGUUAAUUGUUUGUUCAUGAUACCUAAUGCAUUAACUAAUGAAUCGAACCUUUAUGUAAAGUGUUACCGGUAAUACUUACUAAUACAAUACGAUUGCAUUUGUUUGCAAUUGACUGCAUUAGUUAACACAAAAUAACAAUGAACAAGACUUUUACAGUGCAUAUUAAUCUGGAUUGAUGUUAAUUUAAACAUGUAUCAAAAUAUUUUUUUAUUAAAUAUUGUAUACAGUUAUGUGAUGAUUCUUCACUAUUUCUAGUUAAAUAAUGAAAAACACUAAUUAAACGAUAAGCACAUUUUCGUUGACCAUGUUAGCAAUCAUUGGAACAUUCUCCAAUCAUGCUGGGAUAACUUGGAUCAUCAGGUUUUGCACAAAUUUGUGAAGUACAUGCUUUGAUUAAAGCAAAAUGGGCAUACUGAGUACUAAGAUAAUGUGGAUUUUCAGUUUAACUUUUCACUCAAACUGAUAUAACUUAUAAUGUAUAGUUAAUUAGAAAAUUGAUAAACAUAUGCAUUUUUAAAUGUGGUCUGAGACAUUUGGAGCCCAUUAUAGUUUCAUUUGUUUAUCAAGUAUUUAUUUGGAUAUUUCAGAUUUUGAAAGAAUGAUUCUGUUUACCUUGAAAACAUGUUGCCAGAUUUUGGUCCUAAAGGGCUGUCCUAUCAAGGGCUGCAGAUUUUAGAUCUUUAGUGUUUUCUUACUAUCAAUUCACUAAAAGCCCUUGAGAAAGUGCUUUUUAUAGUCCUUUUUAUGAGAUCAGAUGACGUUUGCUUUUACCGAGAUCAUACAUCACUGUUUGAAAAGGUUUUAACUUUUUUUAACACAAAUAUACAAUAUUUGUUCACAAGGCACCAUUAAUGGGGCUCUUGACAUUUGCAUUGUAACAUAAAAUUGAUAAUGAGCUUUGCAGUUCAGUUACAGAUAACAUUUUGAAGUAUUGUGGUACAAUCCAUUGGGACUUAGCAAUAUAACAAAACAACAAAAAAAAGCUAUAUUUUUCAGUCUUUUUGAUGAUAUUUGAUAUAUACCAUAUCUUGAUAUUUGUGUAUUUGAUUCUCUUUCAGAGGAAACAUCAUUUGCACCAAACUGCAAUUCUAGCUAAUUCAAUACAGUAAAAUAUAGUUAAAAUGUUUUCACUAAAUGCAAAACUAGUCUAAUGUCAUGCUAUUAGAAAAGUUUAGGGCCAAAUACAAAGCGUUUUAAUAUCAUCGCACCUAAUUUUAUCGAUAUAAAUAUCCAAAGCAAAAUAAUUGUAAAUAUUUGAGGUCAUUAAAUAUAGUGCCCAGCUCUACAAUUAUUUUAUAAAUGAACCAGUGCCAGUCAAAGUACAUAGAUCAGCUCUGGGUUGAAAAAAAAUCAAUCUUCAUGUUGGAAAAACAUUUGUGCUGAGUCAUCAUACAAGUAAAUGGGAGCAGGAAUUGAUUGUUUUGCUACUGCAGUGCCAGUAAUGACAAAUAUAGAAAACACUAUGCUUUCUCAUUGCAAUGUAUUUUCAUUUGUGAGCACAUUCAAAAUGUAGCGACUAAUUAAAUAGACGAAACUGGGAACAAAACUGAGGGGCUGCACUCUCCAUGUGAUCGCUUAGGGAGUAAUUUGUUACUGCUUAUGUGUCAAUGACUAGUGAAAGGUAUCUGUUUGUAAUAUAAUGAGCUAUUAUAAUACUUGUUUGUUUUAUCUUAAAAUAUUUCACAAGAAGCGUGUGUGGAUGCUGCUGUCUAAUCUUGUAACUAAACACACUAGUUCAUAGUGCAUAGAGUUGAACCUUUAGCCAUUAUUAAAUUGAUUUUGGGAUUGAUAUAUUUCUUUCUACCAAGGUUAGAAAAUGUUUUAAUUUCAGGAACAAACACACUGUUAAUCAAAUGCAGGUUAAUCUGAUAGCUUGAAAAAGAUAUACAUAGCAGCUUUAAUUAUUACCAACACUGAUUUUAGAGGCUUUUGGAUAUAUUUGGAAGUAUUAUAAUGACAAAUUUAUGGUUUAUUACAAUACGUUACUGUUGUAGUACUGGUAGCUGUGUAAAGAUAUAUAAUUUUUUUUGAGUCUGCUACUUGAUGAAGAGAUUAUUUUUGUGUUAUACAGAGCAAAUAUAGGACAUCAAAUCUUUGUCAUGAAAUCUGAUAUUGAAAGAGUACUUUUUUGCCCACAACAAAACAUGGUGUGAAUAUGGUUUUAAUUACUGUAUGUGUGUAUCAUUUCAGUUAAUAUACUGAACUGAAUGACUGAAUGAGCCAUUGCAGUUGCACGGGCUCGAUAUGAUGUAAUUGAAGAAGUUUUUACUCCCAUUCAAACCUGAACUAAAAUGCCUUUCCAUUUAUGGUAUUUACUCAAGGAUGGUAUUAAUUUAUUAUUUGAACUGUGUAGAUUAUUUUUUUUUCUGAAUAUAGUUUUGACCUUUCUUAGAUUAAAAGAGAUCUUGUCAUCAUAUCGUUAAAAGCAUUGGUAGCAUUUGAACAUUAGCCUAUUUACAAAUAAAAAAAUAUUUCAUUUAUUUUGUCGAAAAGGACUGACUGUGAUAGUAAUGAAAUGUAUCUCAUGAAAAGACAUGUUUUAUUUCUUGCUUAUUUAAUUUUAAUUAUUGCUGCAUAAACUGUGAUUCUUUUAUUAAUGGUUUCUCAUGUUGCCAUAGUGUUAAUAUUUGAAUUUCUCAUGUUAAACCCUCAUGACGUUCUGUAACUUCAUUUUAGUUGAGAUUACCUUGACAAAAAGUUUCACAGCACAGAUUUUUAAGGAAAUCUUGACUUUAUCAGAAGAAAUAUGUAUUAUAUAUUUUUUUCUAGUUUCCCACAGUAUGACUGUUCAUGCAGAACAGAAUUAUUCUCCUUUAAUUUCACUUAAAGACAAAACAUUUCAUUACUCUGCUAUAUUUGUCUGCUGUUUUCCUGAUUUUCAUCUUAAGAAUAUCUCAUUAACGUCUUAUAUUAUUUCUGAACAUUUUUGAUGUUCAGAAUGCUGUGAAUGCUGUGCUGAAACUGCUAUACAAUUAUAUUUUAUUAGAGAUUACACUUUCCCACUACAAAACAAUUGGUUAUAAAUAGGCUACAGAAGAGAAAAACUACUUAAAAGCAAACCUGCACAUUUAUAUCUAUGUUUAGUCAGUAUGACUAAUACAAAGAUAAACAGAAUUUUGUUGAAGAAAGCUGAGAGACCAAAGAAAAGUCCAUGCAGAACUUCAACUAAGAAUCUAGAACCACAUAAUCUCGCAAUUUUUUGUUUUUCCCCCCAUGUUUUGUGCAUUAUGUUUGUAUACAUUAAUGUAAAAAAAAAAAAAUCUCUUUUCCACAUUAAAGGAGGUGA